AAAAAAAUGACAGUUGUCAGCUAACUUCAAUAUCAUUUUUUAUUUAAUUAAAAAUAUUAAUUUUGUUAUUUUUUAUUUACAAAAUUAAACAAGUUUUAUUGAUUAUUAUUGUCGUGUUUAUCAACGACAGCCAUGCAAAAACAUAACCUAGUUUAUUUUGACAGCUGAGCUGUCAUACAACGUAUCACGGUAAAAUGGAGCUAAACAAUUUAUAUAAUUAAUGAAAAUAAAUAUUUUAACACAUUUCCAAGCUGUUAUUGAUUAACUUUGUUGAUUUUUGAUUAAUUAUAUAUAAUGGACACAAAAGCUAUUGUAGUGCCUGGAGAGGCUCCAGAAUCUGAUGAAGAAACUCAUGAAAUUCCGAUAGGUUUUACUUUUAAAUAUAUUAAAAAUACAUCGGGGAAAAUAAUUUCUGGAGAAGCUACUGAAUCGGAUGAUGAUGGAGCGAGUUGGAGUAGUGUAAGCGCUGCAAUUGAUGCAACAGCAUGUCCACCCUACAUGGAUAUUAAGCCGAGUACUAAGAAAAGUUCUAUCAAGUACAACAGUUUAUUGCAUAAAAAAUUACACGAAUGUAAUGAAUCAUUGAGAACAGAUUUACUUAGUCUGACAGAAGGUACUAUUAAUGCUGGCAUCCAGGAGCUCAUGGGUAUAAACAAACAGCUAGUUAAGAGCGAACUGACUGUACAGGAGGCGGCUUGUCAGCUAAGAAAUGCGUCAGCACGAUGGAAUGAAGCAUCUAGUGCUCUGUUCCAAUUAAUAGACGCUAAUUUUUUAAAUACCAUCAAAACAUAACUAUUUACUUCAUUCAUUAAUAUAAAUAAUAAUAAUAUUAAUUAAAUACAAUUCAAUACUAUCAUAAUUUUUCUUUUUUCUUUUAAUAUAUAUAUUUAUACUGUAUGUAUAUUAAUUACUACAUUAUUGAUCGUUAAUUAUUAAAUGUACAUAAAAUUUUAUCGGCUGCUAGCCAAAAAACGUUUUACUUCGUCUAAAGACGUUCAACGUUACUUUUAAAUGUUAUUAAUACAUAAAAUAAACAUUAACUAAUGAAAA